AUGCAACAACAAGCACUUAUCACACUCACACAAGACGUCGAACACGGAAAGAAACUUCAAAAUUAUCUCGAAAAAUUAGUGGACGAAGCACGGAAGAACAUUCAGCACGCGCAACAACAAUACAAAAUUCGAUAUGAUCAACAUCGACAAGAAUUAUCAUUGAAGAUUAACGAUUUAGUUCUGAUUAAAACGAGAAGCACGCGGAACAAAUUCGACAUUCGAUAUGAAGGUCCAUUUAAAAUUACGAAGCAAUUAGGAAGAAAAACGUUCAUUGUCCAGCAUGUCAAGAAAACGACGUCAACAAAACAAGUUGCAAUGGAUGUCAUCGUUUCGAAACGUCCGGCAAUAACACGACACAGUCGAAUUCACCACAUCACAGAACACGCAAGAAAAUAUACGUCGAUAACAUCCAAGGAUCCCACUUAUAUCUAUACGUACACACAUACAACCUCGAUUCGUUCAAACAAAACACAAGGCCAGCACCAACAGGAAAACAAUUGCGGAACCGAAGAAGAAACGCGAAAAAGUUCGAGAAAAACGAGCGAUUACGAGUGCAAUAGUCUCAAUAUCGCCCAACACACAACAUCAACAUCAUCCACACCCAUUGACACCAUCGAACAAUUGAUAUGUCGAGCCGCAACAACGAAAAGAUACACCAUCGACACCGAAUCUCAAUCGGAGGAAGGUGGAAACACAGGUGCAUUAAUACAAAUUGAAAUGGUACAUUCAAGUGACGAUUCAACGGACCGAGAAGAUGAAGAAGUCACGCAUCCGAAAACGGAAAGUCGUGAAACAACAGAAGUAUCAUUCGACACUCCUGGUGACAAUGAUUUUUAUGAUGACGAUGAUGAUGGGGAUUAUAAAGAUACGAAGAAGACUAAAUAUUCAUUACAAGCAGCGGUUGAAAUGACAUUACAAAGAUUCCUCGACAAAGCAUUUACACGAUACCCAUGGAGUUAUGGAUUGGACUUGGCAUUGGAUACAUGGCAACAAAAACUAUUUCAAAAGAAACAUUACGAUAUGCAAGUGGAAAGACAAACUCGGGUCAAUUUAAUCAAUUACACCGUACAUGAUUGCACGGCAGUUACUGAAAUCUACCGAGUGAUGUAUCCGGAACGAAAGAACCAAACCAGCCAUCGACAACAAACAGCAACAAAAACAAUAUAUCCCGAUCCAACUCCGAAAAUCACACCGUCGAAUCAGUGUUAUCAAGACGAUCUUUCGGAUAUCAGUGACGACGAAAUAGAAUUAUACUUAUCACAAACCAAAGUCAAAUAUCACCCAGUUCAAGCGAAUCGACAACAGGAACCGGCAAUGGAACUUGAAAUAGAACCAGAUGUCGAACUCGAAACCAACCCAGAACAGCAACCGGAACGAACACCUAAACCGAAACGAACAGAAGAAGAAGAACGUCAACGAAAGAAAGAAAUUCAACGACGAAAAAACGAAAAAUACAAAGAGAAGAAACGCACUCGUCCUGACUCUGUACAUCGAAUCAUACGACCCAUCUAUUAUCGGUAUGAUUAUCGAAAAAUCAGGGCGCAGCUGCAAGAAGACGAAGUCCGUCACACGCACCAGAUCCGAAUCAAUGAAGCAAAAUCCGAAGUGACAAUCAACUUCAAAUCGGACGAGCUGAGAGAAGACGGGAAAAAGAAAGUCCCGAUCAGCUACUUCACACACAGUCAAUAUUACAAACGUUGGAAACAGAAUUAA